AUGAAGCUUUCUCUUACAACACUAUUCCUUACUGUCUCCACUGUCAGCGCCGUCGCACUUCCUAAAGGGGCUUCUCAUCACGACAAACACCACCAAGAAAAACGUGACAUCGUCACUGUCACAGAAUAUGUUACUGCUGGUGCCGCUGAAUACGUUUCCACAGUCAGCGCAGCAAGCACUACGACUACCCUAGCUCCUACUGAAGCUACCGAAGCCACUGCUACAGCUUCUUCUCCUUCUUCUACUACCGAGUCCUCAUCCUCGUCAUCUGGCAUUGAUGGCGACUUGUCUAACUUUUCGAACCCUACCAAAAAAUUUGAAGAUGGAACUAUCAAGUGUUCCAGUUUCCCUUCAGGCCAGGGUGUCAUUGCUUUGGAUUGGUUAGACCUUGAUGGAUGGUCAUCUAUUGCCGACAGUAACGGUAAAAGUGUGUCAUCUUGUUCUGAUGGUCAUUACUGUUCAUAUGCAUGCCAGGCAGGUAUGUCUAAGACUCAAUGGCCGUCAGAUCAACCUGACAAUGGUCAAACUGUUGGUGGUUUAUACUGUAAGGACGGAUAUCUCUACCGUUCCAAUACUGACACUGAUUAUUUAUGUGCUUGGGAUACUGACAGCGCAACUGUUGAGAACCAGAGUAGCAAUGGUGCGGUUGCAAUGUGUAGAACAGAUUAUCCAGGUGAUGAAAACAUGGUUAUUCCAACAUACGUCAAGGAGGGUUCUAGUAAACCAAUUUCUGUCGUUGAUGAAAGUACUUACUUCAAAUGGCAGGGAAAGGAAACAUCCUCUCAAUACUAUGUUAAUAAUGCUGGUGUCUCUGUCGAAGAUGGUUGUGUCUGGGGCUCGUCUGGUUCUGGAGUUGGAAACUGGGCCCCUUUGAUCGUUGGUGCUGGUUAUACAAACGGUAAGACAUACUUAUCUUUGGUUCCAAAUCCAAACAACGGUGAUGCUGCUAACUUCAACGUCAAGAUUGUGGCCACCGAUGGUUCAUCCAUUAAUGGAGAUUGCUACUACGAAGAUGGCUCAUUCUCAAGUUCUGACGGUUGCACGGUCACCGUUACAUCCGGCUCUGCUACAAUUGUCUUUUAUUGA